AUGUCGACUGGGAAAGGGUUUGCCUUGGAUUCAGACCUGAACCUUCGCCAGGCGUUGCUGAGUGGAUACGAACGGCACACCCGUCGUCUUGAUGAGGACAAUGGACCAAUACCAGCUAAAAAACGGAAGCUGUACUGUCUGCCCUCAUUAAAAAUCGCAGUCAUGACCAACGACACCGUGGCGACCCUCGCCUCUCUGGCAUACUUUAUGCCAUCUCUGCCGAACACUCGCGUGGUCAUGGGGCUGAUUGUAGGCGCCGGUUGUAAUGCUACUGUUCCUUUUAGAAUCACUGAUCUCCAUGAGUCAAAGACUCGUCAUAUACGUGCUAGGGAGCCUGAUGCGAUAGAAACGCUAGUUUCUACCGAAUGGACAAUUUCUAGAGCGACUACUCCUUUGCAUGAGCUUGGCAUCACCACCCCAUGGGAUACUGAACUGGAUAUGCAUUCCCAACGACCGGGGUUUCAACCAUUCGAAUACAUGGUCGGUGGGCGAUAUAUCGGGGAGUUGGUCCGAAUCAUCUGUUACGACUGGUUCCAUCGGUCCCUAGGAAUCUCGCGGUCUGCCCUGCCCCUGAAACUAGUCAAGGAAUAUUCUCUCACAACAGAUUUUCUCUCUCUCUUUGUGGCACCCAAUUACUCCAAUGAACGCUUAGCCAGCGAUCUAUCAAAGCAUUUACCAUCUCCCCCAACGAGCAGUUGGAGUUGGACGCCUGAAUUAGCAGGUGAUGUUCGUGCCAUUGCAGCGGCAGUGCAGGACCGAGCUGCUUCUUUGGUGGCUUCUUCAGUUGUUGGCCUUCUCGCCUGCACUCGGGAGAUACAGCUGCGGAGUCCUGACUCUCUAAACGCCAACAUCGAUCAGAAGUCGCAUGUUGCGUCGAAGGUUACUGAACAAUGUGAAUUACACAGUAGGUUUUCGUCCAAAUCAGGCUGGAAAAACGGACCAGAGGAACUGGCUGUAGCUGUCUCAGGCGGAGUCAUCCAACACUAUCCUCAUUACAAGGAAACUGUUCAGAGAUAUAUCGAUCGGCUCAUCCUAUGCGCUGGACCACAGGAAGGAGGUAAAAGCGUGUUCCUUCGCGAGGUCAGUGACGGCGGAAUAAUUGGAAUCGGGGUUCUAGCAGGAACAGCCUCAGGGGAGAUUGGAGAAAUCAUUAGUUCCUCGUUAGAAAAAGAGAAUGGAUUGCUUUGA